AUGGCUUCCUCUAGCCUGAGGUGGGGCCCCACCACCUCGAUAUUCCUCGUCUUCUGCGUCAUCCUGGUUGAAGGCACAAACUGGCGCCAUGGCGACAUUGAGGAUAUGCUCAAGACCGUUGCCUUCUUGCACGGCAAGAAAUGGACCAGCAUGCUGGUGAAGCGGACGUAUUUCGGCAACUGGCUACGCGAUUAUUCCCAAGCUGUAGACGUGGGCUCGUUGAAGGGCUGCAAUGCGCCUACAAUUCGAAUUCUGGUCUGGGUGCUCUCGUUUAUGAGUUUCGGUUACGCCACCGAAGAAUUCGAGGUCACCGAGGAACGCCUUGGCGUGUACCGGCCCGAGGAGCACAUAGACAACCCGCUUGGCUACGCAGACGGCAUGGAUGCUCGCACUUUUGACUCCAGGCUCAGAGGCCCUGUCGAUCAGAGAGAGACGGAAAUCGACAUGCGAACAGGCAUGAAGAACUACAUCGCCAACGAGUCUGGUGACUGGGCUACCAGCGCUGGAUACCUGCGCUUCUCCUUCGCGAGGAGCGUCCACUUCGGCAGGCUCUACACCAGCGGAGGGAGCGGCAGGAGUGGCAAGGAGGCCGAUCUCUGCGAGGCUCUGAGGUGCCUCGGCCAGGCCCUCCACUGCAUGGAAGACUUCAGUGCACACAGCAACUACUGCGAGUUGGCAUUGCGCGAGAUGGGUUACCACAACGUCUUCCCACACUGUGGAACUGCCUCUCAGAUCAACCUACGAGGGAAACAUGUCUACCCAAUCGUGACGGGCACCUUUGGAGGCGUGGAUUUCCUUCAUUCGGUUCUUGGCGAGGCUACUGACCACUUCACCCAGUCUGAGGUUGACGAGGUGGACAUUGCGCUGAAGAAUGCCGAGAAAGGAGGCUCUGCAGGUCCUACCAGCCGUGGUGACUCGUCAGGCGAGCGUAGCUUUUUCGGCAUCAACUUCGGCGGUGGCAGCAGCAACGUCGGGUCGGACUUCAUCUCCAGUAUCUCCAAACUGCCCGGCGUAGGGUCCGGCUUUGCUUCCGAGGCUCGCAAUCUCCAGCAAGCCUCCGCCGACCAAGAGCGACGGAACGAGACCACCCGAGCAAACGUGAAUCAGGUUCCAGGCAUGUCGCCGGAUUUCGAUCCUGUACAAACAGCUAAGCGCAUCUACCCUAUUCUUGAGUUUCGAGACAAGAUCGUUAAGUCGUUGUCGACCAUAAUCAGCAAGGUUCCUGGCUUGGAGAAGCUGCUGGAGCACAUCAGUGAGACUCUCACGGCGUUCGUGCUUGGCCUCCUGGCCCCGUUCGUGCGACCCAUCAUCAACCAGGUGUCGAAGGCACUCAAGGAUGGGAGCUCAGGGGUCAUCAGCGCAUCCGCCAACAACCAGUUGGAACCCUGGAGGAACCCCUCCUGCACCGAUCCGACUCACUCGAUGCUGUCCAAGGACCACUUUACCAACAUCCUGAACCCAUGCGCCGGCAGAGUUGCGUCCACCAUCUUGCAGUACACAGUCCCCCGCGUGCUGUAUGCCUGGGAGCACACAGGCGUGCCGGUGGAUGAAGUCGUCAACGACGUCCUCCGUGCCUUUCACCACCCAGCCAUCCGCGACGAGCACAUCCAGAUCCAAAAGGACAUGUUUGACACCGUGCGACAAUGGGCUAACGAGUACUCGCGGAACCAUGACCUCAACAGCACACUGGGCUCGGAAUCCGUCAAGAACGGAAAGAACCAUAUCAUCCGGCCGGACCAGAAGGCAGGCGGACACAACCACGGUGCGAACGACUGGUCCGCUUGGACGAACGCCCUCGGUGAAGUCGGCCACGGAAAGGUCGCGGGUUCUCUGUGGUCCCAGGUUCAGACGCGAGAUCUUGAUGCCAUGGGAGGCCGCGAUGGCCGGCCGCAGGACCAGUACAUGAGCCAGGAGCCAGCGCCGCCGCAGUCAGCCCGACCCUAUGGGUCGUAUGGGUACGGUCAGUCUGAUCAUCCUCCCACUGGAGGAGCCGCCGACGAUUACCUGCGUCCGUCCCAGCCUGAUCAACAGUACUACGGCCACACGCCGCCUCCCCCAAAUCAAUACGCCGCCCCAGCUCCCGGGCCCUACGGACAACCGCCGCCGGCGCCCCCUGGUCCGUAUGGAUACCCUGCACAGCCUCAAGGCUCGCAGUAUGCUCAAGGGCCUCCACCGCCCGGGCAGGGAGGAUAUUGGGUCAGGGAGAUGCCUUUUGUCAUGUAA